CGAUCCCGUCGAUCUUCAGCCUUAUUUGCCAGCUCCUUAUGCACGCCCAUGACUCACUAUGGGUCCUCAAGAGUUCGAACUCAGGUCGGUGGUUACUCUCACCAAUGAUCCAGAUGGUGAGCCUCGUCGACCAUGGCAAUCUUCGGGCUUAGCAAAGGAUAAGCAAGUUGUUCGCUAUCACAAACGCUCAUUAUGGAUCUUUGGGUUCUAUCUCCUUAUUCUCGUCCUACCGUGGAUGUUUACCUGUUUUCUGAUGAUCAGGCCAAUCAACAAGGAAUCAUAUUUCAACCAGGCGGGAUCAAUAACCCCCGGAGACGUGGAUAAUUGGCACAGAUCGCGCGUUGCUCUCAGCUCUCUCACUGCAAUCUCAAGUGUUAUUGGACUCCCAAUAGUUUCUGGCCUCCUUGCCCAUGGAGCGGUUGUCUAUACCCAGCUUCGAAACCCAGGUCAGAAAUUGAGCGUCUUGCAGCUAUUUGCGCUGGCAGAUAGAGAAUGGCUAGACCCUCGAUAUCUGUUCAAACCUCCAAGCAAGUUUAAGAGCACGGAAAGAUCACUUUACCUUUGGCUGGCGACUUUUCUCAUUCUGAUCACCGCUAUCCAACCACCUAUACAAACCAUCCUAGUCCGAGACGAAAGGAUUGACGUUGUGACGUGCAAAGGGCAUCCCGCGAGACACAAAGAUCACUAUUCGGGAGCUUGCAAAUAUCCUUUCAAGGAUCUGGAUACCCAGGUCAUUGCGCGGGACGCGGAGCCCAUCGAUCUGAACUUCUGCCCACAAGACGUUGUCGUCAAGAAGACCAGCCAGAAGCUACUCAGCUCCGCUAACAACGAUAUCCAAACCAACUUGUGGUCUGAUGAGGCUUUGCUUGGAGAAAACCCAAACUAUUACAUGGACAAUAGGCGGACUCUUGACUGGUACUACCAGAGGUUGUCAUACGAUAAAAGCAAACGGUUAUAUUACGCGUCAUCCGUCGCCAAUGGUACCGGCACUGGGGUUUAUCGGCAUCAUGCAGUCAGGAUGGACUCCGCAGCAGAGUGUUACUUAACCAAAAACUUCCCGAAAGAGUGCGAAGGAGGCAAACCAUUCACACCAUCUUUCUCCGAGGGCUGGCUGAAUGUCAGCAUUUGUGCCGAAGGAAGUUAUGACACUGUGGCUUGGAACACAAGUCGAGACAAACAAGAACAUAACGAGACUUUGUGGUUGUCUAUGAAAUGGGAUAUUCCUGAAGGUGAAGACACGUCCGGACUUUUUCGCAACAAUGAUAGCUACGUCCUGAGAUGCGACAGCGUUUCAAGAAGAGGAUGGUUUCAGCUCCCGAACGACGCAAACGGUGGGAAGCCUGGGCCCUUACGUGACGAGUGGCCUUCGUGGCGAGAACUCAAGUACGAGUUCAACGAUUAUUAUAUCAAUAGCCCUCAGUGGGAUCGCAAAUUUCCAGCUGACAGGUAUCCAGCAGCAGAAAUCCCGGACGAAGAACUGCAAAAGUAUCGCGAUCAAUUGAGCUACACCUACCAGGGACCCUCUGUGCCUGGCCCACUCAUGACGGUGGCUCUGGCUAUGUUUGGAAAUUCGUCAUUCUUUCAAGCAGCCAGGGUUGCUGAUCGUGACACUUACAACCAGACCAUCAACAACAUCUGCGAGAACUCGUUGUUUCCAAUGCUUGGAAUGAUGCCACGCAAUUAUGAUAUGGGCGGGUGCAGCCGUUCUGUAAGAAAUCGGAACAAAACUCCGAAAAUGCAGGAUGUGGUUUACAAUUACUUCAACGGCCUCAAGAAUGAAGAGGCCACCGCACAAGCACUCGAAAAGGCCAUGUUCUUUGCGAACGAAGCCCUUCUCACCACCGCCGCCUCGCUAUCACAGAACCGCCCAAUUUUCUAUAACCCGGGAACUGCAGUCAUGAAGCCAAAGAAGGAUUUAGCAGCGGUGAUAACUGUCACUACACUAAUAGGUCUUCAAGUUGUGGCACUUUGUGCGCUGAUGUGGUUCAUCCUACGUGCCCCUACGUGGACGGAGACUCUUGAUGCGGAUGCCCUGGCGCAGAUUGGAGGUCAGCUGAAGGAAUGGGGAGAGCCCAGGCCCGACCUGACGCAGAUAAAUGGUAUUGUGGGAGUUGAUGAGACUCGACAUCAGGCCAAGACGUCAUCGGUGAGACUGUCGACGGGGCAAGAUGCUGCUUCCCAUUCAGGGUCUAUACAUUUGACACUUGGCGGGGAGGGAUUGAUCAACAGAAGUGUGAUGGAGAGGAUGCAAGCAGAUACAACUACUGCGGUCCAAGCGUAAUGAAUCUGUUUGGCAAGCAAGUUCGAAGCAAUCCUGAUGUCGGGACCCCUUUUCAAAAACUCUACCUUGAUCUUAAUGCCAGUCGAUUUAAUAAUAUCACCAGGAC